GACCGCGGCUGCAGGGGGAGCCCGCGCUCCGCCGCCCCGCGAGGCUGUCGCGUGAGGGGAGGCCCCGUAAGGACAGCUGGAAGAGGAAGAUGCCGAGUACAGACCUUCUGAUGUUGAAGGCUUUUGAGCCCUACCUUGAGAUCUUGGAAGUGUAUUCCACGAAGGCCAAGAAUUACGUAAAUGGACACUGUACUAAGUACGAGCCCUGGCAGCUGAUUGCCUGCAGUGUCGUGGGCACCCUGCUGAUCGUCUGGGUGUACGGCUUCGUCUUCCAGCCAGAGAGUUUAUGGUCAAGGUUUAAAAAGAGGUGUUUCAAGCUCAUCAGGAAGAUGCCUAUUAUUGGUCGCAAGAUCCAAGAUACCUUGAACAAGACCAAGGACGAUAUUAGCAAGAAUAUGUCGUUCCUGAAAGUGGACAAAGAGUACGUGAAAGCCCUGCCCUCUCAAGGUCUGAGCCCGUCCGCGGUUCUGGAGAAGCUCAAGGAAUACAGCUCUAUGGAUGUCUUCUGGCAAGAAGGGAAGGCAUCCGGAGCCGUGUACAGUGGGGAGGAGGAGCUCACCGAGCUCCUCGUGAAGGCUUACGGAAACUUUGCAUGGAGUAAUCCAUUACAUCCAGAUAUCUUCCCAGGACUGCGAAAGAUCGAGGCAGAGAUUGUGAGAAUAGCUUGUUCACUGUUCAACGGGGGGCCGGAUUCCUGUGGAUGUGUGACCUCUGGGGGAACAGAAAGCAUACUGAUGGCCUGCAAAGCUUACCGGGACCUGGCCUUUGCGAACGGGAUCAGAACUCCAGAAAUUGUGGCCCCCCAGAGUGCCCAUGCUGCAUUUGACAAAGCAGCCCAUUACUUUGGGAUGAAGAUUAUACGGGUUCCGCUGAACAAAAUGAUGGAGGUGGAUAUUCGGGCGAUGAGGAGAGCCAUCUCCAGGAACACCGCCAUGCUUGUCUGUUCAACCCCCCAGUUUCCUCAUGGCAUCCUAGAUCCGGUCCCUGAAGUAGCCAAGCUGGCUGUCAAAUACAAAAUACCUCUCCAUGUGGACGCAUGUCUGGGGGGCUUCCUCAUCGUCUUCAUGGAGAAAGCAGGGUACCCGCUGGAGCAGCCGUUUGAUUUCCGGGUGAAAGGUGUCACCAGCAUUUCGGCUGAUACCCACAAGUAUGGCUAUGCCCCCAAAGGCUCUUCCGUGGUGUUGUACUGUGACAAGAAGUACAGGGGCCAUCAGUUCUUCGUUGCUACAGAUUGGCAGGGUGGCAUCUACGCCUCCCCGACCAUGGCGGGCUCACGGCCUGGAGGCAUUAGCGCCGCCUGCUGGGCCGCCUUGAUGCACUUCGGUGAGAGCGGCUAUGUCGAAGCUACCAAACAGAUCAUCAAAACUUCUCGCUUCCUCAAGUCAGAACUGGAAAAUAUCAAAGGCAUCUUUGUUUUCGGGAAUCCUCAAUUGUCAGUCAUAGCUCUGGGCUCCCGAGACUUUGACAUCUACCGACUGUUUAACCUGAUGACUGCCAAGGGCUGGAACCUGAACCAGCUGCAGUUCCCCCCCAGUAUUCACUUCUGCAUCACGCUGGUACACACUCGAAAGCGAGUCGCCAUACAGUUCCUGAAGGACAUUCGGGAGUCUGUCACUCAGAUCAUGAAGAACCCUAAAGCAAAGACCACAGGAAUGGGUGCCAUCUAUGGCAUGGCCCAGACGACCGUCGACAGGAACCUGGUGGCAGAGUUGACCUCGGUCUUCUUGGACAGCCUUUUCAGCACUGACGCCGUCACUCCGAGCAGCCAGAUGAACGGUUCUCCAAAACCCCGCUGAGUCUGGACGCUUCGCGGCCCCGAGGGGCUCCUGGCCUUCGGAAGGGUCUCGGAGUGUGGAACAGGCCGCGCACAGUUAGAGCAUCUGGUCUUGCUCCACAGAUCGCGACGAGGUGGACCACGAGUCGGCUUGACCCUCAGGAUUCUUGUCCCUCCUCUUACUGUCCUUGUGGGUUUUAACGUGGAGACCCUGAAGGAGUCCGUCACCUAAUUAUUUUGCCCUUGUUCUCAGAUGUUACCCUAGGAAUCAUUUUAGCCAUUUCCUUCUCUAACCUUCUAGCUUUCGACUUCACUUCAUCAUUGGGUGGCAGCUCUGACCCAUCCUGAUCCCCGAGGGAGGCUGGGGUAGGGUUAUGCGACACGAGAGGGUUUCCUCUGUUCUCUCAGGUGGACGGGCGAGCAGCUCGGAAGCGUCCCCGUGACGCAUGUCUCCCCAGGUGGGUGUCAGGUGCACUCUGAGCACGCGGUCCUCUCCGCCCUCCUCUUUGAGUAGGUGAGCCGUCCCUCUUAGAUUCACUCUGAGCGCACCUCACUUUAUUUUUCCAAGACACCGCUGGGCAGGCCGCUGUCCCUGUUGUGCAGGAUUGGAGCAGCCGAGCAGAUCUGCUCAGUUUACCGAGGCAGGCUCUGGAAGGGCCUCUUCCCUGCACCCCUGGUCCCCGCUCUGAUGCUUGGUUGCCACCAUCCGUGGAGAUUUGUGUUUGAAGUCGCACUCACACUGGUUUGCGGUGGUUCCCCUGGAUUAGGAAGAGAGUGUGGUUUCCGGAGAACCCUGGGCGUUCCGGCCCUGGUGCUGCCUGUCUGCAUUACAGCCUUCGGAGCACAGCUGACCCCUCUCCCGGGCUGGGGAUGAUGGGAAACCACAGCCCUCUCCCUUUCUCAGGGUGUCAGAGCCGGAUGAGUGCCCGAGUCACAGCUCUGUCACCAGAGUUGGUGGUCCUCCCCUCCCCCACCGCUGUAAGCCGUCAUGUAGGAGAACAUUGGCUUGAAGGAACAGUUCACAGCUCCUUCACGAGUUGCCUUGACUUACCCUCACUGGGUGCAAGGAGGGCGUGAGAGAAAGUCCCUAAGGCAGGGAAAGUUUUCUCCCCGUUAGUGUGUGUAUCCUGCCUCUUGCCCUGUAUUUAGCUCCCAAAGGUACGAUGGCAGUUUAGCCUCAGGUACUGGACACUUCUCAGCCCUGGCUAGAACGAGACAAGCUUGUUAGAAUAGGAAAGUGUGAUGGCAACCAUCAGUCGUGGCCUAGGGCCUGGGAUUCCUUCCUAAGACUAGUUGCUCAGGGUGGUGCAGGGACAGGACCAAACCCUGCGCCCACUCCCUACCCCCUUCUCCCCUGCACGGGGCCCUAAUCUAGGCAGAGCCACUGUCUUCCUCUGAAGACGACAUAUUGUGUGCCUUUUUCCUCACAGCGAGCAGUAGCAGGCUAGUCCUGACCCAGGCCCUGGGGCAGAUGCAUCGGUCUUCAAGAUUUUUACUUGGGUAGGGGAGUACUUUAGGAUGAGUCAGGAGAAAAGUCUCCUCUGUUCCAUUACCCUUCUCAGGGACUCCUGAACCACUCAGCCCCUUCAGGCUGGUAUCCUCCGGCCUCCCUUGCUGGGAAUGCUGGCCAGGAGAGCCCCCAGGCUCCUUAGCAUGUCUGUCUGAAGUGGCCUUCAGCACUGUACUUCCUCCACAAUAACUGUGAUUAGCUGGCUGUGUCGCUGCAGGGCUGGUGUGUGUGUGUGUUCCUCGUGUCCAUUGUGGGUGCCAGGAGAGGUUGGGGUGUGUAUGUGUGUGUGAGAGAGAAAGGCUAAGAUCCUUUGGACACAGGAGCCGCGUUCCCUCCAGUUACUGAACUGGCAGGCGCCGCAGAGAGAGGCGCUCUGUGUGAACUGUCUCUGGUGCAUCCAUGGUGCUGGACGGACCACCCAGCAGGCCCCCCUGUGGUUUGUCAGCUGCUACACUGGAGACGCGUGCGCUCUGCAGAGCAGGCUGCUGCUUCCAGGGUCUGCAGGACCUCCCUCUGCUGUGACGGCACCGCUGCCCGGGGGGCAGUGGUGUUUUUCAAAGGGACCUACUGUAGCCAUUUUAGGAUCAUGAGCCUUAGUUUGACUCAACCCUUGUGGGCUUUCCACUCUCUGUCUGUGCGCAUAGUAACACCUAGUCUGCGGAGGCGGGCAGUCUUCACGGUGUCCUGUUGCUGGCAGGUGUCACACUGGCCUCUGCAGAAACUGUACUGUCUUGUCUCUAAAUUAAGUAACUAGUCGCGUGGAUAUACUGCCAUGUCACUUUUAAUAUUACCAGUUUUAUACUUGGAAAAUGGUACUUGCCUCUUCUCAGUCUUUUCUGUAUUUAACUCCUUCUUCCCAUCUCAGUGCUCCCUUCUUAACCGCAGCAAUAAGAUCUUAAAAAGGAUUAAGUAAUUAAAUGUCCCAAAUCUUAACUAA